AUGAAAAAUUAUACAACUGAAAAGCAGGAAAAGGAUGGUAUGAAAGACGGCCACAAUGAUUUUGCUAUCAUGAUCCGCAUUCUCUAUCAAAACAACAUUUACAGCAAGAAGUUCGCCUCAGAUUUCGAGGAUGGCGGUAUGCGUUUUCAUGUUGAUCUACCUCGACUUAAAGAGGGGAGAUCAGGAGGUGCAUUCUGGUCUGCCUUCAUUCCUUGCCCCGAGGAUGGCAUGGACUUUUCGCACAGUAACUAUGCUCAAGCUGUGGGAGCGACUGCCUCGCAAAUUGAUCUCAUCCACCGACUCACAACGGCUUAUGCCGACAAGUUCUCAGACCCGCUAUUGGAUAGCCACCAUGCUCUGCUGGGGUUCAAUAAAUAUCAGAAACUAAUCUCGCCUAUAGGCAUUGAAGGCCUCCACCAGAUCGGUAACGCGUUCUCCAAUCUACGGUUGUUCAAUUCCUUGGGCGUCAAAUAUGCUACCCUGACUUGGAACUGCCACAAUAUUUUCGCAGACGCAGCAUUAGUGACCAACUCCUCAGGUACGACGAUUGCGGCACCGCCAUACUGGCAUGGCUUGAGCAACCAAAAAGGCCCGCAGAUCAUCCAAGAGAUGAAUCGAAUAGGCAUGCUAGUCGACUUGUCCCAUGUAAGUAAAGACACGAUGCUUGAUGUGCUCGGCGCGAAUCCAAGCAAGACGAAGGGCAGUAGAGCUCCUGUCAUGUUCAGCCAUAGUUCUGCAUACGCGCUGUGUCCGCAUCCCAGGAACGUGCAGGACGAUGUGCUACAGUUGGUCAAGAAGACGAAUUCUAUUGUCAUGAUCAACUUCUCUCCUGACUUCAUCUCUUGCGUCCCAAAUCCGGACUCAUCGACCGGUCUACCGAACUUUGAUCCGUCAAAUUCGACGCUACAUCAGGUAGCCAGACAUGUGGUCUACAUCGCCAGUCUUAUUGGAUAUGACCACGUUGGAAUAGGAAGUGAUUUCGAUGGGAUGUUUUCCGUACCAGAAGGACUGGAAGACGUCAGCAAGUAUCCCGACCUCGUAGCCGAGUUGCUCCGCAUGGGUGUGUCCGAUGACGACGCUAAGAAGAUCGUGGGUCUGAAUGUCCUGAGAGUCUGGGGUGAUGCGGAGAAAGUUGCACGAGAGAUGCAAGCAGAGGGCUUCUUGCCAAUCGAGGAUGACAUUCCUGAGAUGAACUUCACGGCAAGCUUGUUCACUGGACACGGAGUUUAUUGA